CACAUCUUAUUAUGGUAACCCUAUGAUAAAACUCACAUCUUUACGUUUUUCCCAUCACUGACCAAUAUUCUGGAUAAGUUGGCUGGUUGCACGAAACUUCUGCGACUAGUAAAAAAUUUUCACUGGCACAUAUGGCUCACCAUUCUGCAUUGCGAAUAAUUUGCUUACGCUUCGGGCGUAAGCUGUUUUCGUCGCUAUCCCCUUCUGUGGCCAGCAAAUUUAAAGAAUCUAUGAAGCGCAAACGCAUUUCGCACAGUUUCUCGGGUCCCUCUGGAGAAUUUGAGAGAAAAGGUUUGCGACAGAUGAGGAAACGCAUUAAGUUGGAGAAAUCAUUCGAAAGAACUCCCAAAAAGAAGUUCCAGAGCAAGAGGCAUUUAUCUCUUAAGGGACCGGCUCGGAAGAAGGUUACAUCUGGACGUCGUGGGUCAAUUGGCUUGCGACAGAUGAUGAAGCGCGUGAAGUUGGAGGACACCGACGAGAAGUCUUACAAACGAUCUCCCAAAAUGAAGGUCAAGUCAAUGAAGCACUCGGCUCUGAAGGGACCGGCACUAAUCAUAUUGCGUAAAAAGUUUGGAGUCCGCGUAGCUAGUGUUUGGACUGGUGCUGGCUACGUGUUGGUGAUCAAGGAACCUCCUGCAGUAGAAAUAAUCCAUUGGAGUUCCGGCAGUUGGCUUGAGAAGCAGUAAUUUUUCCACAAUAUGAAAACUGAAUAUGUAGUGUCUAUUAUUUUUAAUAAAUGAAC